CAUUGACGUACAAUUUCCAACAAGGUUAGGGUUAUAAUUUCAAAGAACAGAUAUUUCUCAAGAUGGAAAUUGCUCUGAUCGUCCUGCCUCAUUCUUCACUAUGCCUCGGAUACGAAAGAAGACGAGUAAGCGUGGAUCGACCAACCAGCGAGAAAAGAUCAAGCACAAGGCAGCAGAUACACGGCAUAAGAGAAAGAGGGAGGCGAGGAAGAAUCCUCAGAAAAAGUCCAAGAAACCACAAGACCUUGGCAUUCCAAAUAACUUCCCAUACAAGGACCAAAUUCUUGCGGAGGUUGCAGAACAGCGCAGGAUUGCAGCUGAAGAGAAACAGCUGCGCAAGGAAGCCAAAAAGCUAGCGAAAGCAGGUGUGGAAGCGCAAGCUGAGGAAGAUUCUGAGGCGGAAAUUGGCUUUUCCUCUUUGCCUGGUGUCAGCAAAACUCGGCCGCAUGCUGCUGCCGAGGCCUCUAGCUCAACCCUUUCUGAAGAUGCGGACGAGGAAGCGCCAGUUCUCGUGAACCCGGAUUUGCACAAUCUAGAAGCUGUCCUUGACAAGGCCGAUGUUGUACUUGAACUCAUUGAUGCUCGGGAUCCUCUGGCUUAUAGGAGUUCCCACGUUGAAGACGCGGUCAAGUCCAGGAUCGGGAAGAAAUUAUUAUUCGUCUUGAACAAAAUUGACACUUGUCCCAAGGAGUCUAUUGAGUCAUGGACUCGUGCUCUAGGGAAGGAACAUCCGGUUUUCCUCUUCCGUUCAGCAUCGGCAUUCCUGCCAGACAGCGAACCUCCAACGACGGAUCCAAAGGGGAAGGGGAAGAAACGUAUGGAUGACGCACUCGGAUUGGCGGUUCUCUUGGAGCACUUAGAAGCUCUGACAAAGGAAUUGAAGGAAGAGCGGCCUUUAGUGGUUGCUGUAACUGGCUUGACGAAUGUUGGCAAGAGCUCGUUUGUCAAUUCACUUGCCCGUAAGGCGACGCUUCCUGUCUACAAGCUUUCUUCAACAUCUGGGGAGGGCCCGACUACCACGAUAUAUCCUCAAGAAGUGACCCUUUCUCUCAACGGCUGUGAGGUCAACGUCAUAGACACCCCUGGCCUCUCAUGGCAACGAGUUGACGAUCUGACCGGGGAAGAGGCAGAGCGCUACCGGACACAAGAUAUUUUGCUGAGAAGCAAGGGUCAUAUCGAGAGACUCAAGGACCCACUUCCUGUCGUCUCACACAUCGUUGCUCGUGCUCUUCGUGAAGAUUUGAUGCUCUUCUAUAAUAUUCCCGCUUUCGCGGAGGGCGAUUUGACCGCAUUCCUAUCAGGUGUUGCUCGUGCCAACAGCCUAAUUAAGAAGGGCGGCGUACUAGACUUGGGAGCUGCAUCGAAAAUCGUUCUCCGUGACUGGAGAACUGGAAAAUUCCCUCGGUACACUGUGCCAUCACCCACACUUGUGGAGACUGCUCCGCCAUUGAGCGAGUCAAAUGAGAAGAUCAUUUCGAUGCUUAAGACUCGCAAGGAAAUGCGGAAUGGAAAUGGCGUGGUGAAGCUCAAGGCUGGCGAAGUGCAACUUCGUAAGGUUGACUUGGAUGCUGCCUGGAUCAGUGUCGAGGAUAGUGAUGAAGAGGACGAGGACGAGCUUGACGUCGAUGAAGAGGAAGAGGCGGAUGAAGGGAGCGUGGAUGUUGGUGAAUCUGAAGAAGGCGACGGUGACGAAGACGAGGAAGAUGAGGACGAGGAGGAGCUCGCACCACCAAGAAAGCGGAAACAAGCACCUGUCAAAGCCAUCGCACCGCCUAAGAAGAAAGUGGCCUUUUCCGCAAAGCGAGGUCCAGUCUCACAAAAGCCUGCGCCAGCCAAAGGCAUUUUAAAAGUUUCGAACGAGAAGCCUAAGUCUUCUCUGAAGGCGAAGGUAACGGCCAAGGAACCCAAACCUGCGCCUAAGGUCUCGAAGGUCGCCAAUCCUUCAGGGAAGACACAAAAAUCAGCUCCGGCCAAGGAUAACGGAGCGUAUGACUUCGGCAAGUUUUUCUAGACAGUUCGCGUCUAUAGAUUGUGCCUAUAUAUCACUGUGUUUGGCUUGCUUUUUGCGAUGCCUUCGGAUUAUCAUGUCAUCUUUGCCUUGUUUUGAGUGGGAGAUGAAUGCUACUCCAAUGCGAAUUUUUUAUAAUACAUACGAUACGAGCUACAACAUAAAUAAGUGAGAUGCGAACGG